AUGAGCUGGUUUAUAACAAUUUUAGCCAUUGCUGCUUUGUUUUCAUCCCAAUUAGCUUAUGCCUAUGAUGUCAAUCCUCUACAAGACAUAUGUGUUGCAUUUCAAGACUCCAACACUUCUGUUUUUGUGAAUGGAAAGAUUUGCAGAGACCCAAAGCUUGCAAAAGCAGAUGAUUUUUUUACUUCAGGUUUUAAUAUUAGUGGAGAAGUAGUGGAUAAAAAAUAUGGUUAUGCUACAAAAAUUGUGGAUAUAAAUAAUAUGCCAGGGCUCAAUACUUUAGGUAUUUCUAUAAUUCGUGCUGAUUUUGAACCAAAGGGUUUUAUUCAAUUUCACGCGCACCCUCGAACUACUGAAAUGAUACAUAUCUUGGAGGGUACAAUUUAUGCGGGAUUUCUUCUACUUCUACCUAAUGAAGAAAACAUCUAUAAGAGUUGUCUCUUUGCUAAAAUCUUGAAUCCUGGCGAUGUGUUUGUGAUUCCACAAGGGCUUAUUCACUUUGCGUAUAAUGUUGGAAGUACAAAUGCUACUAUAUUUGCUAGUUUCAACAGUCAAAGUCCCGGAUUCAUCUUGAUUCCUGAUAUAAUCUUUGCUUCUGAUCCACCUAUUCUCGACGAUGCUCUUGUCAAAGGUUUUCAGCUUGAUAAGAAUGUGAUUAAACAACUUCAAAAGAAAUUCUCCUAG